CGAUAAGAUAGAUAAACGAUGGAUCUUAAUUUUUUACUGGAUGCUGAUGACCUCCUUAUCCAUUGAUGAAUUUAUCUAUUUGUUUUUCCUCUACUGCUGCUGCUGCUGCUGUUGUUGUUUCUUCUUCCGCUGCUUAAUUUUAAAUUCAGGGGGCUAGGGAUUCGGUCCCGAAUCCCUCUCUAAACCCUCGACCAAUCGACGCGCUUACAGGCUGAGUCUCAAUCCGAUUGAACCGAGGGUUUUUGGUGCUCUAGAGCGGCUUUCGUCGUCUAUGGCUCUGGUUUCGGCUUUUCUCGAGGUGUUGAAUCGGCCGACGGUUGGGGAUGUGAUGCUUGGGCUGAUGGCGUUCAUGGCGCCUCUAUGGAUGGCGGUUGUGGUAGGGGUACUGAUAGGUUGGGUGUGGAAGCCUAGAUGGGCGAAGCUGAAUGUGGAUUUUCUAGAUUGUUCUAUGAUUAAAGGUGAGUCGAGCAAAUCCAUGGCGAUGCUGUCUCAGGUCGCAGCUUCGUUCCCAAAUUUGAGCUCGUUGAAGCUGCAAGUACCUUCCUGUAUUUCUAGGGUUUCUGAUUUGGGGGCUGAGAUGGAGAAGGAGAGUUCAUCCUUGCCUUCAAUUUCAAGUACUGAUCGUAGUGAGGAUCUUGUGAAUGUGUGUGAUCUCAAACAUUUGCAUAAACUAGUCGAAGGGAGAGAUGGCGGCCCGGAUUGGGUGCGGAUGAUGGAUAAAUCAACAGAAAAUAUGCACUAUCAAGCUUGGAGGAGAGAUCCCGCGACCGGACCGCCUCAAUAUCGAAGUCGAUCUGUUUAUGAAGAUGCUACGCCAGAAAUGUUGAGGGAUUUUUUUUGGGACGAUGAGUUUAGAUUGAAAUGGGAUGAUAUGCUUGUGCAUGCGGAAACUCUGAAGGAAUGCCCUGUCACGGGGACAAUGAUGGUUCGGUGGGUACGGAAGUUUCCGUUCUUUUGUAGCGACAGAGAAUACAUAAUUGGCCGAAGGAUUUGGAAAUGCGGGCAAUCGUUUUACUGUGUGACAAAGGGUGUGCUGUGCUCUUCGGUACCUCGCCUCAGCAAGCCAAGGCGAGUUGAUUCGUAUUAUUCUAGCUGGUGCAUUCGCGCAGUUGAAUCGAAGAGAGACGGGCGAGAGACUGCAUGCGAGGUUCUACUCUUCCACCACGAAGACAUGGGGAUCCCUUGGGAAAUCGCGAAAUUCGGCGUCUGGAAAGGCAUGUGGGGCGCUGUCAAAAAAAUCGACCCGGGUUUACGUGCCUACCAAGAACUCCGGGCUUCGAUGGCCCCGAUAUCUCCCAGCGCUAAAGCAGCUCAAAUCAACACUAAAAUGGACGUCGACUCACUAGACACUGCAGCAGCCCCCGAAGCCACUAAUGAUUCCAAACAUAUUGUGGAUUCUCCGUCGGGACGAGCCAUCCCAAAGAUCCUUAUCGUUGCCGGGGCUGUUGCUGCUGCAUAUACUCUUGACCGUGGACUCCUGACAAAAGGAUUUGUAUUUGCGGUUGCGAGAAGGUUUGUGGGAGCCGGGAGGGGGUUGUGAUUGGUGAAUUUUGGCAUCUUUUGGAUGAUUUGAGAUUGAGUUAGUUGCGUUGGAACGUGAGAAGACGAUGACGAACUGAUCUGAUUGGAUUGAUGAUUUUACGACACGACGAUGAGGUGUAAGUGUCGGAGGAAAUAACCCACACCCUAAAGGUGAUGUUCUAUUCAAUUUAUUUGUUGUUUGGUGAACUGAUCAAUGAUCGUUGUCUUAGCUUUGUUAAUGUUGUUGUUUGUCCUAGAACUAACUCUACUUGAUACAAGUUUCAAUCAUUUUGAGGAUCUGAUUUUUCUUGUUCAAA